AUGGCUACAUCUGUAGGUAAUUGCUCUUUCUCCUGUUACGUUAUUAUUAGCUUCAAGCUUCUAUUCCUUCUACUUAGUUGUGUAUAUGCAUGUGUGUAUAUGCAGCAGCAAUGCCAGUACAUUGUGAGAGUUAAGACAGGAGAUCGCAACGAUGCAGGAACGGACUCCAUCAUCGGCCUCAAGUUAACGUCCUCUUCCGUCAAUAGUUUUACGGUCAACAACCUCCAAAGUUGGGGCAUAAUGGCACCGGGUCAUGACUACUUCGAGAGGGGCAACCUGGACGUCUUCAGCGGCCGAGGCACUUGUCUCAGUGUUUGUGCCGUCACCGUCACAUCCAACGGCGAAGGGAACAAGCCAGGGUGGUACUUGGAUUUCGUCGAAAUCACCGUCAGUGGCGGCCUUUCUAGGAAGGUAGCGUUCCCGGUGAAUCAGUGGCUGGCUCUGGACGAGUGGCCCCGUCAUCUCUAUGCCACCGUCAACUUAUGCUCCCGCGCCGCCGCUACUUUAGUUUGA